CAAAUCGCCGAGAAAAGAAACAUACCAAUGGCUACUUUCAAUAGUUCUCAUCUAAAGCUCAUCUCAAUCAUCUUCAUCAUCCUCUCCAUCUUCACAUCCAAAGCCAUAUCACAAUCCGACGAAUGCAAGACAGAAACAAAUAAUUCUUGCAAUGAUAAAAAAAGAGCUUUGACACUAAAGAUAAUUGCCACUGUGUCAAUCUUAGUAACAAGUAUGAUAGGUGUAGGAGCUCCUCUUUUUACACAUUCAAUUCCUGCUCUAAAUCCAGAAAAAGACCUAUUUGUAAUCGUUAAAACGUUUGCAGCAGGAAUUAUACUUGCAACUGGUUUUAUGCACGUUUUGCCUGAUUCUUUCGACAUGUUAUCGUCAAGCUGCUUAAAGGAAAAUCCAUGGCACAAGUUUCCAUUUACUGGAUUCUUGGCUAUGUUGUCUGCUAUAGGAACACUGAUGGUGGAUUCUAUGGCCACUAGUAUUUAUAGCAACAGAUGUAAUAGUGUUGGUGUAGAUCCAGCUGCAGAGAGUGAAGUUGUUCAUAGAGAUAGAGAGAUGGGUGUUGUAGAGAGUACAGGGCAUUUUCAUGGUCAUUUUCAUGAAUCUAAAGCUGCAAGUGGUGGACAACAAUUGCUUCGAUACAGAGUUAUUGCCAUGGUACUGGAACUGGGAAUCAUUGUUCAUUCAGUAGUGAUUGGUCUCUCUAUGGGAGCCUCCAACAACACUUGCAGUAUCAAAGGUCUAGUGGCUGCUCUUUGCUUCCAUCAAAUGUUUGAAGGAAUGGGUCUUGGUGGUUGCAUUCUCCAGGCAGAAUACAAGCUUUUAAAGAAGAUAGCAAUGGCAUUUUUCUUCUCAGUAACAACACCAUUUGGAAUAGCACUUGGAAUUGGAUUAUCCAACACCUACAAAGAAAAUAGUCCUACUGCUUUAAUCACCGUUGGAUUACUUAAUGCAUCAUCAGCUGGGCUUUUGAUCUACAUGGCACUGGUUGAUCUUCUCUCUGCUGAUUUUAUGGGUCCCAAGCUACAACGAAGCAUUAAGCUUCAGAUUAAAUGUUAUAUUGCAGUUCUUUUGGGUGCUGGUGGAAUGUCUGUUAUGGCUAAAUGGGCAUGACUUUUUCUUUUAAAAAAAAAAAAUUAAUAAUACUUUGUACUCUAUGUACUUGAUCAUCUUUCCAUAAUAUAACCUAAUAAAUGUCGCUUUG